UUUCGGCGUCACUAUCGCUUUUUGGGAUUGAUUGUAACGCCCUCGUUGAGAAAUUUUCGAAGUAGCUUCAUUCAACCAUUCAGUCAUGCCUCCAGACAAAAAAGUGAAAAACAAAAAUGUUGUGCAAACAUAUAUAACUGACUCUACAAUGAUUACAGUAAACAGCACACCUGAAGAGGAGCCUGACAAUGGUGUCACAUAUUUUGUUGAUGAAGAAGGACGUUAUUAUUAUCAGCCAGCAGGUGACAAUCAGAGUAUUGUCUCCUUGCCCACUACAGUUACUAAUGAAAAUGAGGGAAUGGCUGAAGGACAAAUGCUAGUAGAUAGUGAAGGGUAUCAAACUGUAGCUCUGGUACCAUCUGAGACUAGUACUGGAGAAGUGAGCUAUGUUUUGGUAGUACAAGAGGAUAGCAAAACUGAUGUAAAAAUUGGUAUCAAGAUGGAUGAGGAUAAGCUACAAGAAGAUGAGGAUAAGGGGAAUGAAGAUGUUUACACUUUUGAAGAUGAUGAAGAAGGCGGUGAGGAGGCAUCAGGUGAAGAUGAAGAAACAACUGGCAAAGUAAAACCUACACCAAACACUAAACGAAAGUAUUUGCGACCACAUUUUACCUGUACUUUUUGCAGCUACACAAGUCAUAGACGCUAUUUACUCCUACGGCAUAUGAAAUCUCAUUCGGAGGAGCGUCCACAUAAAUGUGGGGUGUGUGAACGAGGCUUUAAGACUAUCGCUUCACUACAGAAUCAUGUGAACAUGCACAAUGGCGUAAAACCUCAUGUUUGCAAGUACUGCAACAGUCCCUUCACUACAUCAGGUGAAUUGGUUCGUCAUGUCCGCUACAAGCAUACUCAUGAGAAGCCUCACAAGUGUACGGAAUGUGAUUAUGCUUCUGUUGAAUUGUCCAAACUACGACGACAUGUCCGUUGUCAUACUGGCGAGCGUCCUUAUCAGUGUCCAAAUUGCACGUACGCAUCUCCGGAUACUUUCAAGUUGAAACGGCAUUUGCGUACCCACACUGGCGAGAAACCUUAUAAAUGCGAUGAUUGCAACAUGUGCUUCACUCAAUCCAAUUCACUCAAAGCACACAAAUUAAUACAUAACAUUUCAGAGAAGCCUGUGUAUGCAUGUGAAUUAUGUCCAGCAAAGUGUGGUCGUAAGACAGAUCUGCGGGUUCAUGUUCAAAAACUUCACACUUCUGACAAGCCUCUAAAAUGCAAUCGCUGUGGAAAAACCUUCCCAGAUAGAUAUUCCUGCAAAGUGCACAAUAAGACUCACGAAGGUGAAAAAUGCUUCAAAUGCGACUUGUGCCCAUACGCCUCGACUACCAUGAGGCACCUCAAAUCUCACAUGUUGAAGCAUACUGAUCAAAAACCAUUUGAUUGCGACGAGUGCGAUCAAUCUUUCAGGCAAAAGCAAUUACUACGACGGCAUCAAAACCUCUAUCACAACCCUAACUACGUUCCAAAGCCUCCCAAAGAGAAAACUCACACUUGUCAUGAAUGCCAGCGCACUUUUGCACAUAAAGGCAACCUUAUUCGACACUUGGCUGUACAUGACCCUGAAUCAGGCCAUCAAGAACGUGCAUUGGAACUUAAACUUGGCCGCCAGAGAAGAAUCAAAUAUGUAGAAGAUGGUGUACAGACUCGUGAAGAUGACAAUGAACCAACCGUAGAACGUGAACAGUUGAUGAAUGAAUUGCGACGCGGUGAGCUCGUAACUGUGACCGACGGCGAUCAUCAUCAAUACGUAGUGCUUGAGGUGAUACAACUAGAGGAUGGCACCGAACAAGUGGCCGUCGUCGCACCUGACUAUGUGGACGAUCAAGAAGAAGAGGAAGAAGAAGAAGGUGAAAUAGAAAAGAAAUAUAUAACAGAAGAGCAAAUAAAGAUGAAACGGCAACCUGAAUCUGAGAACAGAAUUAAACUAGAGAAAGAUGUAGAGUCCUGCUUUGGAUUUGAUGAGGAAGAUGAAACUGAACAAAAUGAAACAACCUACAAUGAUAAAGUAGUACUUCGUCUCGUUUAGUCAACAGCAGACGUGUGUUUACACACACAGAUUACUUAGUGGUGUUAAGGCUAUUUGCACCAGAUCACUAUAGUCAUGUACUUAGUAUUAGCUGCAUCGGGCUUGGCGCGAUUGGCUGGUAAUUCUGCAGCAGAUUGUACUAUGUUAAGGACAAAAAAAGUGAGUUCCAUAUAAGCAGAUUUAUAUUCAUACAGUGUGUACAGAUGAUUGAGCUUUUGUAGAAGCCUUUAGCCUAACCAAUGUUCCUUACGAGUAGUAAGUGUAAAGAAGUAGCAUAAGUUGACACAACAUUCUAGCAUAGUUUUAUGGUAUCCUAGUUUCAAUAGUAUUGUGACAUAUAUUUUAGACUGGGAAAUAAUUUCACUGUAAUUACUCGUUAAAUUGUAUUUAUAUCAAAUACAAGAUGAAUUUUAAUAAAGUAUCU